AUGUCCUUCUGGAAUCAGCAACUCAGCUCCCGCUGCCUGCCACCCUGCGAGGUGACCUGCCCACAGCCCUACGCCAAUGCCUGCAGCCAGCCCUGUGUCACCUCCUGUGGGGACUCAAGAGCCAUCGUCUACCCCCCACCUGUGGUCAUCACCUUCCCAGGCCCCAUCCUCAGCUCCUGCCCUCAGGAGAGCAUCGUGGGCAGCUCAGCUCCUCUGGGGCUGGACCAGCCCAGGGGCCUGCAGGGCUCCUCCAUCUAUGGGGGCUCCUCCAUCUAUGGGGGCUCCUCCAUCUAUGGGGGCUCCUCCAUCUAUGGGGGCUCCAUGUCCUCUUUCCAGCGCUACAGGGACUGCAGGCCCUGCUGA